AUGGACGAUACUCUACCAGCUUCGACGAACGAGCUGACCGUCUCCACAAAGAAACCAAUAACCUUCUUCUCCCUGCCUAUCGAGAUCCGCAUAAUGAUCUAUCAAGUGCACCUACCUUCAACCACCAGUAUUCCACUCUGCUCUCAUCGCAGGAUGCCAAAACCAGAUCUCGGUGUCAACCUCUUGCGUACCUGUCGCCAAAUCUACCUCGAAGCCUUACAAUACGCCUACACCGAGCGACUAUUCAAAACCAGUCGCUCGUGCAAGCACUGCUGUCAAAACCUCACCCUCGCCGACAGCAAUUUCUUAAACCACUUACAAGAGUCCGCAAUCCACAGGAUCGAAAGACUAAAGUUGGCGGUAAACGUCGACUGCCUAGCCAGCUACAGAGCCAGUCGUAGCAGCUACAGAGCAACCAAAGCAAUAAGCCCAGCCAUCCAACUCCCCAACAUUGCAACAAUGCAGAGUUUGAAGUAUGUCUGCGUCAAAGUGGUCUUGUUUCGAUUUGUGUGCUGUGUACCUGCACACGCGAUCAAACAUGCCUUGAACCGUUGGUGUAGCCUUGGGUUCGAUUUACUGAUGAUAAAGAUCUUUGAGUCCAUACCUGAGGGCGUAGAAGUGAGGUGGGAGGCAGAGCUACUCGGUGAAGACAUGCCAGAGCGAGAACUUGAGGAGACCACUGAGGCGGCGACACAGACGCUACAAAGGAUGGCUAAGCACUGGCAGUUCAUGCAGAAAAUCGACUACGAGAGGCUAAAAUCUAGAACCAGAGAGUUGAUCGAGUAG